CAAAUACCCUCAAAACUCCAAUAGUGUUCCAAUUGACAAUUUUAACAAGAGAUAGGGCUAUCACUCAAAUUUCAGAUACCUUUCUCUGACAAGUCUCUGGCAACCCGUUUCAUUCUGGUGCGGAACGUACCUUUCCCUAAAAUGAUAGGUUGUUUACUAUAUUUUGUCUGUCGUUUGUUAAACACUGUUGCUACAGCAGACGUGAUGUGAUGGCCCUACGUCCAUAGACUAUUACACACUUUAAGGUCUCACCCCGAAAGUAGGCUUGUCUUUGACGAAACCAGCCUGCACGAAUUACGUGGAUGUACUGUAGGCUUGUGAUUUUUGCUGCCUGCAAUAUUUGACGGGCGUUUAGACCGCGUGUCGUCUCGCCACUAACGAGAGAGUAGGUUGUAUCUUUAGGACUCUUCACUGUAUCCACCUGAGACCGUUAUAUAUGUCAGUAAGAAGCCAACGAAUGAGGUUCUACACACAACAGCAUCACCGCAGGUGUAUCUGCAACGGCACUUUGGAAUCUACACAUCGUACGGCAUCAGCACCGCACAAUACCUGUGCGCACGUGGGAUAGGGAGUGUUGGUGGUCUAUGAAUGUGGCCGAGCGUGCCCCCCACCACAACAUCUGCCUCUGUGCUCGUGGGGACUAUGCGCUGCACAACCCUGAAUGCACUGGCCGGUGGUUUGCGAGAACAGGGAGGGGGGUGGAGCAGCAGCAGGGGGUCGAGGGGGGCGCAGCAUGCCGCCUCCCUUCCGCAUCGCUGUGCUGGGGGCACAAGGCGUGGGCAAGACUGCCAUCGUGCAGCGCUUCCUCCACGAUGACUACAGCGAGUUGCCCACCCCGGCAACCAGCCGCGCCCGCCGGGUCCACCUGUCUGCUGCUGUGCUCAAUGGCCACGUGCACGACCUGCAGAUCACUGACUAUCCUGCCAUCACCAGCUUCCCCGGGAACUCAAUGCAGGAGUGGACAGACACCUGCUGCCGAGGCAUCCGCAGCGCUCACGUCUACAUCCUGGUCUAUGACAUCUGCUGCUUCGACAGCUUCGAAUACAUCAAGACCAUGCGCCAGCAGAUCCUAGAGACCAGGGUGUUGGUCACAGGCGACAUGCCCAUCCUGGUCGUGGGGAACAAGCGGGACUUGCAGAGGGGGCGUGUUAUCCCCCGCCACAACAUGUCCGACCUGGUGAGGAAGAACUGGAAGUGUGGCUACGUGGAGUGUUCGGCCAAGUUCAACUGGCACGUGCUUCUGCUGUUCGGGGAGGCUCUGCGCAGUGUGGGCUGUGCCCGCUGCAAACACGUCCAUGCAACCAUCCGCUUCCAACGGGCACUAAGAAACGAACGCUGUGCCCUCAUGUGAUUUACUCAGUGACGGUGGGUGCGCACCAGAGUGGCAUUGAGGGCCAUUGGUACAGUAAACCUCCCUAGGACCACCAUGGCUGACCACAUUUCUGUCCCGUGAAGCUACAGUAUUAACAUGUAACAGCCCUCUGUUUUGCUGCUAUCUGACUUGAUCAGGGAUGGAGAGUACCACCCUAUCCAUCUUUGUAAAGUAUCUUUGAUAUUUUCUUGAUUUGGAGGCAGCUAAACCAACCCCUUGCUGUAAAAAUUCUGAACUCGUUCAAGUACACUAAAGGAACUUUCCAGCAUCUGGGAGUCGCUCCAGACAGACAGAUUGGCUUAUGUUGUUUGACUCACCUGGACGUUGAUCGAUGUAUGACAUUGCUAAUGUCAAAGCCCUGUUUGGAGUGGGAUUGAGGUUGACAUCUGCUGAUGCAUUCUCUUUCUCUGCUCGGAUGUCUUGAAGGUGCACACUUGAGCAUAUAAUCCCCAGAGGUAGCUAUACGAAUUCCGUACACAAGCCCAUCUCAAUUAGUCCUCUGAAACCAAAACAGCCAACCAUAGGGAGAUUUCUGUUAAAUGGAGUAAUCCAAUCCAGUCCACCUUUACGCUCCACUCGCAAACAAACAACUGUGUACAUCCAUAAAUCUACAACAGUAGAAGCACAUAAGGGUGUUUAUAUACAAACACAACUCAGACCAAACCCCUGAUAUGAGACUGUUAAUGAUAUUUUUACAGUAUAAGGUCUAAAUGUAAUAAAAUACUUGAGGCUAGACAUGGUUGUCAACAUAUCGGCCUGUUCAGGUCCUCUGAACUGCUAAAUACAGCAAUAAAUGAACAUGCCAUGCUUGAAUGUUAAUAAUCUUUGGUAAAACGUAGAUAUAAGGGGGAACAAAAGGACACACUUGUUCCUGUAAGGUUGUAUUCAAUUAAAUGUUUUAUUUAUUUCACCUUUAUUUAACCAGGUAGGCUAGCUGAGAACAAGUUCUCAUUUACAACUGCGACCUGGCCAAGAUAAAGCAAAGCAGUGCGACACAAACACAGAGUUACACAUGGAAUAAACAAGCGUAGUCAAUAACACAAUAGAAAAAAAAAACAAAGUCUAUAUACAGUGUGGGCAAAUGGCGUGAGGUGGUAAGGCAAUAAAUAGGGCAUAGUAGCAAGUAAUUACAAUUUAGCAAAUUAACACUGAAGUGAUAAUGUGCAAGUAGAAAUACUGGUGUGCAAAAGAGCAGAAAAGUAAAUAAAAACAAUAUGGGGAAAAGAGAACACAAUGCAGAUACGGCUAGCCUACCUGACUAUCGCCACUUGUUUGAGUGAAACUAAAUUAGUAUGGUACUACUAUGGUACUUGGUUUCUCAAAUGAUUGCCUCGCCUGGUUCACCAACUACUUCUUUGAUAGAGUUCAGUGUGUCAAAUCGGAGGGCCUGUUGUCCGGGCCUCUGGCAGUCUCUAUGGGGGUGCCACAGGGUUCAAUUCUUGGACCGACUCUCUUCUCUGUAUACAUCAAUGAUGUCGCUCUUGCUGCUGGUGAGUCUCUGACCCACCUCUACGCAGACGACACCAUUCUGUAUACAUCUGGCCCUUCUUUGGACACUGUGUUAACAACCCUCCAGACAAGCUUCAAUACCAUACAACUCUCCUUCCGUGGCCUCCAAUUGCUCUUAAAUACAAGUAAAACUAAAUGCAUGCUCUUCAACCGAUCGCUGCCUGCACCUGCACGCCCGUCCAACAUCACUACUCUGGACGGUUCUGACUUAGACUAUGUGGACAACUACAAAUACCUAGGUGUCUGGUUAGACUGUAAACUCUCCUUCCAGACUCACAUAAAACGUCUCCAAUCCAAAGUUAAAUCUAGAAUUGGCUUCCUAUUUCGCAACAAAGCAUCCUUCACUCACGCUGCCAAACAUAACCUUGUAAAACUGACCAUCCUACCAAUCCUCGACUUCGGCGAUGUCAUUUACAAAAUAGCCUCCAAAACCCUACUCAAUAAAUUGGAUGCAGUCUAUCACAGUGCCAUCCGUUUUGUCACCAAAGCCCCAUAUACUACCCACCACUGCGACCUGUACGCUCUCGUUAGCUGGCCCUCGCUUCAUACUCGUCGCCAAACCCACUGGCUCCAGGUCAUCUACAAGACCCUGCUAGGUAAAGUCCCCCCUUAUCUCAGCUCGCUGGUCACCAUAGCAACACCCACCUGUAGCAUGCGCUCCAGCAGGUAUAUCUCUCUGGUCACCCCAAAACCAAUUCUUCCUUUGGCCGCCUCUCCUUCCAGUUCUCUGCUGCCAAUGACUGGAAUGAACUACAAAAAUCUCUGAAACUGGAAACACACAUCUCCCUCACUAGCUUUAAGCACCAGCUGUCAGAGCAGCUCACAGAUUACUGCACCUGUACAUAGCCCAUCUAUAAUUUAGCCCAAACUACUACCUCCCCCCUACUGUAUUUAUUUAUUUAGCUCCUUUGCACCCCAUUAUUUAUAUCUCUACUUUGCACAUUCUUCCACUGCCAAUCUACCAUUCUAGUGUUUUACUUGCUAUAUUGUAUUUACUUCGCCACCAUGGCCUUUUUUUUGCCUUUACCUCCCUUAUCUCACCUCAUUUGCUCACAUUGUAUAUAGACUUAUUUUUCUACUCUAUUAUUGACUGUUUGUUUGUUUUACUCCAUUUGUAACUCUGUGUUGUUGUAUGUGUCGAACUGCUUUGCUUUAUCUGGGCCAGGUCGCAAUUCUAAAUGAGAACUUGUUCUCAACUUGCCUACCUGGUUAAAUAAAGUUGAAAUAAAAAAAAUAAGAUAGUGAUAAUAAACUGCCAGUUGCAGGAGUUUUUUCUGUUUUGGACCAAUCACAUUCCAUAAGGAGAGCCUCAAAUGUCUAACAGCCCUCAAAAUCAGAGCCAAACUACUUUUGUGACUUGUGAUUUUAAUAAGCCUGUUCCUGAAUAAAUAAAUAAAACGGUUAUAUGCUGA